CUUUGAGGGCGUACUGCAGAUAUAUACGAUCAUGUUGGUUGUCCAGUCAAUGGCAAUCAGCAUUUGGCUUCGUACGGCAGAACAUUUUCCCAUAAUAAACAAAACAGCAGACAGGUUCAUAAAAAUCAUUGUGUAAUAAGAAUCGCAAUAUUGUAGAUUGGUACGGGCAUAUACUCGCACAAUAACAGCAAUAUGUAGCAUUAGCCUGCAGCUAACCUAAAUAUGACGCUUCGCCACUAGAAUGUUCACGCACUGCUCGGAAAGUAAAUCGAUGAAACCGGCUUUAAAUUACAUGUACUGUGUUGUGAAAGAUAGGCCAAAAAUAAUUAUGCUGAUGUAGACUCUCGAUUAUGACCGGAUUUUAGGUUUACCUACCUAUAUGGGCUUCCUAUCAACGCUAAGACUUGAACCUUAAGCACAAUUCAGAAGCUGGUCAAGCACACGCUCUGUUACUACAAAACAUUUCCGGGGAUACAACGGACUCGCACUGUUUGUGUGCUCUUAAUUAAUUAAUGUUUUCUUCUCCACAAAAACAUAUUUGGAUCUAAACUUCCUAGACAAAGAUGCGGACGUUUAAAAUAUGUCCUCCAGCCGGUUUAUGGGUGGGGAAAAACGAUGAUGGCGGAAAUGAUACGUUCUUUUCACCAGAGUAUGGGAAUCACAACUUUAGCAGAUGGUGUCUAAUGUGGGAUUAUAAUCAUCCUGGAACACACUUGUUCUGGCUCGAUACCAUUGGCUAUCCUAUUUUGUUGGCUCUCUGUACAUUUGGAAAUGUGCUUAAUUUAUUAGUGUUUUCCUGUGCGGAACGUCCAAAAUCAUCGAAAAAUAUUUACUUAGCGGGGAUUGCGGUAUCUAAUUUCAUCUACAUGUGGUCGCAGAUGCCGUUGUAUUUGCACAACAACUAUGAAAAUGUACGGAACACCGAAUCCUUCCGUAUAUUCUUCUGGCGAAGCGAAGGCAUUUGGAAAUUCCUGAUAAAUCUCUUUGUGACUAUAUCUGAUUGGGUCCUCAUAGUAUUUUCAUUUGAAAGAAUGAUAUCGGUUUGUUCUCCGGGAUCAUAUGCCAAUCGAAGCGAUAACGGCAUCAGGAAAUCAUUUUUUGCUCUGACCGGUGUGUUCCUUGCCGCGUCGUUUUAUAGUCUGUUCGACUUAAUUGGAUACUACUGGUUUUACUACCAUUUAUCUCCCGAUCAUGGAGCGGUUGAUCGCUUGCCCACAAGCUUACAAAUUUGGAGUCAUAUGCAGCAGUUAGCCAUUGUGUGUGUACCAAUCGGCACCUACAUCCUUGUCGUAAUCAUAAAUCUACUCGUAAUUAUGUUUUCCCUUGUGCGAAGGAAACGGUAUCGCGCUGCGUUAGCCAUUAGCCGGGAUAGUUUAUCCGGUGACCUUACUCGCAUCGCCAUUGCCAGUUUCUUACUGUACCUGCUGUGCAUACUGCCAAUGUUUGAUCUGGAUAUUUUGUCUUUGUUACACGCAUUUCAUCUAUACGACAUGCCGCUCACUUCCCGCAUGUAUCAGAUAUGGUAUCCCAUUGCACUUUACAUCCUAAAUGUCAAUUAUUCUGUGAACUUCCUCAUUUAUCUGGCGGUAAGUCCGCACUUCCGCCGUGCCUUGAGCAGAAUUUUCUUCUGCAAAAGAUUUCAUGAAGGGAGUUUAACUGGGCGACCCAUACUGGCAUUUCCAGACCGCAGUAAUUCACCUGACUCUGGAGUAUUUAUUAGAAGUGGGGCGUUCCAUUCCAGUAUUGAGGAUAUUUGAACACAGCAACUGUUGUACAAUUAAAGCAUAUAAAUAUGCCCGAAAAAGUUCUUCAACAAAAUUUUGGCCGGGUUAUAUUAUUUGCACAGAUCUUUAAGGUGGAAAGAUAAAAGCAAUAAAUUGAAAUAGCCAUCACUGCUGGAACUUGGUAAUUCUUGUGCUCUGG